AUGAAAGCAUUACUUCCCUUUACUUUAUUAGCAAGUGCAGCCUUAGCUGCUUCGUCAUCUAGUUUGCAGACUGUACGAUUCACAAUUAUCUCCACAAUCCCAUGCAAAGCAUCAUCAUCCACAUUCUUCCCUUAUCUGAAUAGUUCAAUUCCUACCACCUCCACUACCUCAUUAUCACAAUCUAGUGGCCAAUCAAUAAUAUAUCAAGAUGAAACUGAAUAUGAAAAUGAGACAGUUAGUGAAAUCCACACAGUUUGUGAUUCAUAUUCACAAUGUUCCGUGACUACUGAAGUUCAUAGUUACACUACUUAUACCACUACUGUAGAUGGUAUUUUGACUGUCAUCACUACUGAGAUUCCAUCGUCCUCCGCCGAAAGCGAAAGGUCAGAGUCCAGCUCAAUUUGGAGUGAAGAGGCCACCGAGACCUGGAGUGAAUAUUCAAGUGUAGUUGCCAGUGAAGAUGCUGCUGUAAUUUCAAGCACCGAAAUUGCACCAAUUCACACGACAGCUACUGAAACAGAAAUUAGUACUACAGUUGUCAGUGUACAAUCUUGUUCCGGUGGUAUCUGCACAGUAUCAUACCCACAAACCAUAGCACCUAAUUCACCUUCACCUUCACCAGUUGCCAAUGAAGUCCAAUCUGCAGUUGAAGCUCCAGCUAAUCAAGAAGUAACCACUGAAACUGAAACUGAUUUCUACACUACCGUUAUUACCCAAGUCACAUGCAGUGAUGGUACUUGUACUUCAGCACCUGUGACUACUGGAGUUCAAAUCAUCACACAAGAAGAAACUGUUUAUACCACAUACUGUCCACUUUCUUCUGAAUCUUCGCUAUCAUCUUCAUUAAGUUCAUCAGAAUCUUCAAGACCUCGUCCUGCUCCAACUACUACUAUUAAUGUCAUCACCAAUAACAUCAUAACUGAGAUUCCAACCACAUCUACAUUUUCUGGGGUAAUUGCUGCUAUUGCUGCUUCGAACUCUACAUCUCAAUUGUUUGGUGGCCCAGAAACCACAAGUCAUCCAGAGUUAUCGAUUUACACUGGUGGUGUCGGGUUACAUUCUGUUGAAAUCACCGGUGUCUUAAGCAUUAUAAUCUCAUUUAUGAUGUUUAUAUAA